AUGGCUCUCGUCAACGUUCGUCGCGAUGUCAGCGAUGCUUUCUAUCGUUACAAGAUGGAGCGUCUGCAGACCAAGAUCGAAGGUAAAGGAAACGGCAUCAAGACCGUCGUCGUCAACCUGAGCAGUGUUGCUGCCUCUCUCGCCCGUCCUGGUGCAUAUGUCAUCAAGUACUUCGGUUUCGAGCUUGGUGCUCAGACCAACAUUGACCCCAAGGACGACCGUUGGAUCAUCAACGGUGCUCACGAUGCUCCCAAGCUCCAGGACCAUCUUGAUGGCUUCAUCAACAAGUUCGUUCUCUGCAAGAAGUGCAAGAAUCCUGAGACCGAUGUUGUCAUCAAGGAUGACCAUAUCCUACUCGAUUGCAAGGCGUGUGGUCAGCGUACCGAUGUCGAUCUCCGUUUGAAACUCAGUGGCUUUAUCCUCAAGAACCAGCCCAAGAAGGGCAAGAAGGAUAAGGCUGAACGCAGGGCCGCCAAGAAGGCUAAGCAGAAUGGCAAUGCUGCUAACGGCACUAAUGGCCAAAACGGCACUGGUAGCGAUGAAGCUUCCGAGAAUGGCUCUAACGAGAACGGGGACGAGUAUGUCAGCGACGACGAGUUCCAGAAGGUCCAGGCUGAGGCUGCUGAAGCAGCCCAGGAGAAAGAAGUCAAGGAGCAUGAAUGGGCUGUCGACAUGAGCGAGGAAGCUGUUAAGGCCCGUCAGGCCUCUCUUCCUGGCGAGUUCAAGCAGAAGCUCAACAUGGGCGACGAGGAUGACGAGGAUGGUGAGGGUGGCCCUACUGUCUACGACGAGCUUGGUGACUGGAUCCAGUCCCAGGCGGAGGAGAAGGGCAGCAUCGACAAGGUUGAGUCGAUCGACAUCUAUGUCAAGGCCAAGGAGCUUGGUAUUGAAAACAAACACCGCAGCGUCCUUGUCCUUGUUCAAACCAUGUUUGACAAGAACAUUGUUGCCCAGAUCCCCAAGCGUGCCAGCAUGCUCAAGCAGAUUGUCACUUCUGAGCGCCAUGAGAAGGCUCUUCUCGGAGGAACCGAGCGUCUCGUCGGCACUCUGGCGACCGAGUAUCCCGAGAUGUUCCAGUCUAUUGUCAAGAUCCUCCAGCUCUACUACCACCACGAUCUCAUCAGCGAGGACGUCGUGACCAAGUGGGGAUCCAAGGCCAGCAAGAAGUACACCGACAUCUCUACUUCCAAGAAGGUCCGCAAGGCUGCUGAGCCUUUCCUCACUUGGCUUGCUGAGGCCGAUUCUGAGGAGUCUUCUGACGAGGAAUAA